UCUAAAGGAUUAUUUGGAUCUACAAGAGAAUAAAAAGAAAAACCCUAGUAAUAGUAUACACAUUCGCACUGUAUAAUCUUCUUUCUUCGUCUCGCCCCUCUGAAGAUGCCGUUCAAAAGGUACGUUGAGAUCGGCAGGGUCGCUCUCGUCAACUAUGGCGAAGACUACGGAAAGCUUGUCGUCAUUGUGGAUGUUAUUGACCAGAACAGAGCUUUGGUGGAUGCUCCUGAUAUGGUCAGAUCUCAAAUGAACUUUAAGAGACUUUCUCUUACUGACUUUAAAAUUGACAUUAAGAGGGUCCCCAGGAAGAAGGAACUCAUUGAAGCUAUGAAGGCUGCUGAUGUUCAGAAAAAGUGGGAGGAUAGCUCUUGGGGGAGAAAACUACUCGUUAAGAAAAGAAGGGCAGCACUUAAUGAUUUUGAUAGGUUCAAGCUAAUGUUGGCUAAGAUAAAGAAAGCUGGAUUGGUGAGGCAAGAGCUUGCGAAGCUUAAAAAGAGUGAAUCUUAGGAAGUGCAUUUCUUUAGCCUCUAAUUUUGUUAUCAAUUUAAGUAAUCAGUUUUGGAUCGUUAUCCCUUUAUUUCCCAAGCCAUUUGGAGUUUGGGAAUGUUUUGAAGUGUAUGGAAUUCUGGACGUGGAUUGUAGUGAGUUUUUACUUGAAUUUUCACGAUCUGCCCACAUUACUCAAAUUAAGUAUUUAUCUGAAUCUGCCGA